AUGGAUAUCAACCGGGGCUUGGGUGCUGGCCUCAUCCGACUCGUCUUCCACGACUGCUUCGUCAGGGGUUGCGAUGGAUCCGUGUUGCUUGACAGCACGCCCAAAAACACCACCAGCAAUGAUCCCCUGACGCUCGCUGGGAAGACGGAGAAGGCGUCGCCAAGCAACGGCGGCCUGCGUGGCCUCGAGGUGAUCGACGCCAUCAGGCUCAGGCUCGCCGAAAAGGAUAUCGGUGUCAACGUCUCCUGCGCCGACGCCGUCGUGUUCGCCGCCCGCGAGGCCACCUACAUCCUGAGCAACAACACAAUCAAAUACGAAGUGGACGGGCCCGGCCGCAAGGACGGCGUCGUCUCGUCGGCAGAGGACCCGGGAAAACACCUCCCUAACCCCACCGACAACUUCCAGCAGCUCCUGCAAAGCUUCAUGGCCAAGGGCUUCAACCUGGUGGAGCUCGUCGCCCUCUCCGGCGCACACUCUGUCGGCAUCGCCAACCUAACGUCGGUCAUACACCGAUUCGGAACUCCGAUCAUCCACGGUGAGAUGAACAAAACGUACGGUGCAGUCGUUGCAGCCGAAGGGCCGAAGCACUCUGGUGUGAUAGAGAACAACGUCCGUGACUUCGACGAUUCGAGCCGUAAGCUGGCUGGUUACCAGGCCAAUGGGGUGGUGGACUUGGCGGCGGUGGGCUACCUAGACAACAGCUACUACAACGCCAACUUACAGAACAUGGUGCUCUUCAAGUCAGACUGGGAGCUGACGCAGAACGGCACCGCAGAAGAGCACAUGAAAUCGUACAAGAAGAAAGCCAGUUUGUGGAACACAGCCUUCGCCAACGCCAUGACCAAGCUCAGCAAGAUGGUCGAGUCCAAGGACCCACUUUACGAUAUACCUGGCCAAACGGGCCGGCCCGGCCCGGCACGGCCCGGCCCAUCGUAA